AUGGGGCUGUCCAGCCGGCGCGGCCUCGCCCCUGCCCUCCUCUCCGGAGCUCGGGCCGUGCCGGUUCUGUUCCGCCGGGCCCUGCCUCCCCCCGGCCUGUGGCCCCUCACGGUGUGCCCGUCUGCUGCUGUCCGCACCGCCCUGCUCUGCUCCCCGGUCAGGGCCGCGGGGGUUCCCACCACAGCUCCGUGCACGGUGAACCCCCCACGCUCCUGCCCAAAGCAAUCUCCGAACGCCUCCGGUCCGCUCGCACGGGCUGUUCCCGCAGCCGUGUUUGUUACUGAGAGUCCUGUGGCAGCCGGGCAGCGGCGGCCCUCGCCGCUGGCACCCCGCGGGAAGGCGCCGGCGUUUGCGGGGAGCUGCGGAGGCGAGGGCCGGGGGUGA